AUGCCUACCACAUCACCCAAACUAUCUUCCAGUACUCGGACUUCUCCAAAAACUCCUGCGUCAGUACUUAACAAGCUACAAACCUCUCCUGGGGGGUUCUACGCCGCAAUGCCGAGGCUUGUUUACUGCACUGAGUAUUUUGCAGGCGGAAAGGACGGUAACAUCCUAAUCACUAAGGGCCAGGACAAUGAUGAAGAAUUCAUCAUCCGCGGUGUAUUUCAAGUCAGCCGCAACAAUUUCCAUUUCACACCAGACACCAACUACGACCCUGCAAACGUCUUUCAUGGCCGUUUGGCAGACCUGAAAUUGCAUUGCCAGCUCACUGCAGGUCGUAACGAGGCUUUCAAGUUCUCGUCAGAAGAUUUUUCUGCCGUCUGUGAGAAUCUCAACGCCUUCGAGAAAUCAGUUCCAAGGCCGAGAUACUAUGAGACGCACAGUGUUAUUCAGGACACUAUCGGUCACAGAUCGAUUAAGCUCACCCACUGUCUCUUUCAAGCCAAGGAUGAAGCUGACGAUGAUACUAGUAGCAUCGAUGGCGAUGGCGAUGGGAACAGUUCAACCUAUACUGAUGGCCUAAGCUCAGAAUUUGAUAUUGUGACCUGGCCAGUCGCUGAUCGAUGUCAAGGUCAUCUGCAGGAUAUUAUAUCUACGCACAACAUUUGCCCUCUACCAGUGUAUGACAAGGACCAUAUUCUCAUUCCACCCCUCAAAUAUGAGGAGAAACUCAAGGGCGCCCUCAUGGAAGCUCAUUUUGCUUUUUGCCAUCGUCACAUGAAGAACUCAAAGCACGACAUCUUUGAAGCCAUUGUACGAGAACUCAUUGUACUCUCACCGCCUGCAGCUAUGCCCACCAGCCGCUUCAAACGCCGCCGCCUCAGCGAUGGGCCUUGUACUGAACAGCGCAACUGGGGGAAACAUUAA